ACUCGACAUUCGAAUCACCUGCGGUGUCGACUCGGUACCGACCUUCCGUUGUAGUCGAGAAUUCUUAUUAUUAUGGCUCCUUGAGCGAGUGAAUGAGUGAGUGAUUCCGCAUGGUGUUUGUUUAUUUCCUUGAGAAAGCACUGGUGUAUGAGUACAGGACAGAGCUGGAGACAUGGACCGGGGGCUGUAAGGAGGACACUGAGACGGCGGUGUGAGCUGUAGUUCAGAGCCCGAGCGGAGCGGAGCAGAGCAGCAGUAACAGCGGCAGCAGUAACAGCAGCCCCGGGGCUGGAGAGCUUAUCUCCGGAGGAGGCUUAACGCCAGGACAGACAGAGAGAUAGACACACACACACAGAGGAAGUUCUCUUGUAUCGGAGAGUAUGGCGCACGGAGGACCACCUCCUCGAUGGCUAAACUGUCCCAGGAGAGGACAACCUGUAGCUGGAAAAUUCCUACCAAUGAAAACCAUGUUGGGUUCCAAAUAUGAUGACAUGGUCCCAGAGGAGAACAGAUUCCACCCGAGUAUGCUGUCCAACUACCUUAAAAGUCUGAAGGUCAAGAUGGGCUUGCUGAUCGAUCUGACGAACACGGGACGUUUUUACGACCGAAUAGAUAUCGAAAAAGAAGGGAUCAAAUACAUUAAACUUCAGUGUAAAGGACACGGUGAGUGUCCCUCCAAAGAGACGAUGGAUACGUUCCUCAGGAUAUGCGAUAGCUUCAUACAGAAGAAUCCCACUGAACUCAUAGGUGUCCACUGCACUCACGGCUUUAAUCGGACAGGCUUUUUGAUCUGCACCUACCUGGUGGAGAAAAUGGACUGGAGCAUCGAAGCCGCAGUGGCAGCGUUUGCUUACGCUCGCUCUCCCGGCAUCUAUAAAGAAGACUAUCUGAAAGAGCUGUUCCGUCGUUUCGGCGAUGUGGACGACACUCCGGCCGCCCCGGAGCUUCCCGAUUGGUGUUUCGAAGACGGCAGUGACGACGCAGACGACGAUGGCAAUGUGAUCGCUCAGGACUCUGGACCAAGCUCGUCAGGAUCCAAUCCGGGCAAGAAGAAAAGAGAGAAGCUCAAACUGGGUGCCGUGUUCCUGGAGGGCGUGACGGUGAAAGGGGUGUCUCAGGUGACCACUCAGCCCAAACUGGGGCAGGUACAACGAAAGUGCCAGGAGUUCUGCGACUGGGAAAGGUCUGGCUUCCCUGGAGCUCAGCCUGUUUCCAUGGACAGGCGCAACAUUCAUCUGCUGGAGCAGAACGGCUACAAGGUCAGCUGGAAGGCAGACGGGACACGGUACAUGAUGCUGAUCAACGGCCGAAACGAGGUGUACAUGAUCGACAGGGACAACUCGGUCUUCCACGUCGCCAACCUGGAGUUCCCUUACCGGAAGGACAUGAGGACCCACCUGGCCGACACGCUACUUGAUGGGGAGAUGAUUAUUGACAAAGUGAACGGACAGCCAAUCCCACGCUAUCUCAUCUACGACAUCAUCAAAAUAACCGGCCAGCCAGUGGGUCAGUGCGACUUCAGCAGGCGGAUGCUGUGUAUAGAGAAGGAAAUCAUCUUCCCUCGCUCAGAGAAAAUAAAGAUGGGUCAAAUCGACAAGACCAAGGAGCCUUUCAGCGUCAGGAACAAGCCAUUCUUCGACCUUCAUGCAGCACGGAAGCUCCUUGAGGGCAGCUUCACCUCACAGGUCAGCCACGAAGUGGACGGCUUGAUCUUCCAGCCCAUCGGGAAAUAUAAGCCGGGGCGCUGCGAUGAAAUCCUGAAGUGGAAACCCCCCAGUCACAAUUCCGUAGACUUCCGACUGAAGAUCUCCAAAGUCGGAGGAGAAGGGUUGAUCCCUCAGACGGUGGGUCUGCUGUACGUCGGCAGCUACGACAUGCCCUUUGCUCAGAUGAAGGUGACGAAGGACCUGAAGCAGUACGAUAACAAGAUUAUCGAGUGCACGUUCAAAAAUAACACCUGGGUCUUUAUGAGGCAGAGAGUAGACAAGAGCUUCCCGAAUUCGUACGAUACAGCGAUGGCCGUGUGUAACAGCAUCCAGCAUCCCGUCACGAAGGAAAACCUCCUGGAGUUCCUGGACCGCUGCGCCCAAAGCCGCAAGCACCAUUCGGACCCGGACGCCCAGCUCAUGCCCCCUCCUCCUCCGAAAAGACCCAAUCACGGCUUACCGUAAAAACUUUUUUCUUUUUUUUUUUUUUUUUCUUUUUUUUGCAUCAAGUUGUUCUAGUGUAGCAAUUUAUUAUUAUUUUUUUUUAAAUAUACGUAUUUGGAACCCUGGCUCUUUCUACACUCUGAUGAGAAGACUUUCUGAGAUGCACAGUGACAUUACACAGCUUUAUGCUUCCUACUCAGACAGCAGAUGCUGCAUUUCUUUGAAACCUUUUGUCAUGUGGAGACUUUGUCUGGAAGCUGAGACAUGGUCAUAUUAAAAGAAAAAAAAAGAUAAAAGAAAUAUUAAAUAAAUGUUACAUUGACGUUUGGUUACCUCUCUUUGUAUUUAAUUUAAUGGGUUUUAAUCUAACUUUUUUAGCGUAGUGAUUUAAGGAAUUGCUGUUGUACUUUCCAGACUUUUAAUGCUAAUAUCCAGAUGACUGGAUCGAUUUGAUUUGGGUUUGUUUUGCGUAUUUAUCAUCCACAGAGACCAGCAAUCACUCGAAGUAACGUGUGCCGUAUUAAUUAUUAGAAAUAAAACAGGAUGUGCCAGAGGCAUGAGUUUUUUUUUUUUUUUUUUUUUUUUUUCAUGACUUCUGAUUUUCAGACCGGUUUCUUGCACUAAUGAUGUCAAACCUCUUUCUUUAAGCCAGUCGCGUUGUCAGAAUGAUCACGAUGGGCACUUUUUUCCUUUUUUUUUUUUGCUGAUUUGCUGUCACCAUACUGUGAAUAUGCUGUGCUUCUAUCUCAAGACUUGUAUAAUAAAUUCUAUAUGUAGCUGACGUGA